ACGGUGCGCGAUGGACGCGGACGAGGAGGACUGUGUGGCCGCCUGGUGGGACAUGGUCGUGAGGAACGUGCGGUGUGUCCCACAACGCUGUGACACCCUCAGAAGGAAAAUCGCCGCGCAGUACAACAGCUUCACUAGUAAAUCGUUAAUGGAACACAUUUUCCCUCCUCUGAUGGACAUGCUAAUUUACUUCAAUUUUUUCAAAGCGCCAUUCCUCGUGGAUUUAAAGAGACCGGAGUUAAAGUUGCCUCACACCGUGAACUUUUAUAUCAAAGUCGAACCCGGGGUGAUUCUGGGAAUCUGGCACACAGUUCCCAGCUGCCGGGGGGAAGAUGCCAAGGGGAAGGACCGUUGCUGGUAUGAAGCAGCCCUUCACGAUGGCAACCCAAUUAUUGUUUACCUUCACGGCAGUGCAGAGCACAGGGCAGCUCCUCACAGGAUUAAUCUAGUACAGGUGCUGAGUGACGGUGGCUUUCACGUCUUGUCUGUUGACUACAGAGGGUUCGGGGACUCCACAGGGAAGCCCACGGAGGAGGGACUGACUGCGGAUGCUCUUUGUGUCUAUGAGUGGACCAAGGCAAGAAGUGGUACCACCCCUGUGUGCCUCUGGGGCCACUCUCUGGGGACAGGAGUUGUAACAAAUGCUGCAAGAGUACUGGAGGAGAAAGGAUGCCCAGUUGAUGCUAUUGUUCUGGAAGCUCCAUUUACCAACAUGUGGACUGCAAGUAUCAAUUAUCCCUUGUUAAAGAUUUACCGGAAACUUCCAGGAUUUUUACAAACACUUAUGGAUGCCCUGGGAAAAGACAAAAUCGUCUUCCCUAAUGAUGAGAAUGUGAAAUUCCUGUCUUCCCCCCUUCUCAUCCUUCACGGCGAGGAUGACAGCACAGUGCCCCUGGAGAUUGGGAAGCAGCUCUAUGAAAUUGCAUACAAUGCAUACAGGAACAAAGAGAGGGUCAAGAUGGUGAUCUUUCCUCCUGGCUUCCAACACAACCUGCUCUGUAGAAGCCCCACACUGCUGAAAACCGUGAGAGAUUUCCUGAGCCAGCAGUGGGCAUGAGGUCUGGGAGCAGCAGCAAUCUUCAGUGAAGACUUGGUCCAAACACCACCCGUGAUGUGUAUUUUUUGUGUAAAAUUGCACUAGGCUGCUUGGCUGGGCAUUUCUUCAAGUCAGUGGCCAGCGACAAAGCACGGAGGCUGGGCGGUACGGAAUGUUCUCCCGUGGCUUAGCACAGUCUACUUUGUGGAACAUGCUGAAACAUCGCUGCGGAGGAUCAGAAUUUGGUAAAAACUGGAUCCCAUAUAAAGAUGUGUAGUUACCAAAUAUCUGGGCUGUUUGUGAAUAAGGUGUGGUUUUUGGUUUGGACUUGGCAGUGUAAGAAAGGUGCUCCA